UGUCACUUUGAUUCUUUUUGUCUCUCUUUACCCAGGUGGUCUAACAAUAUGGGUGUGGGUGGUGUCGCUGACGGGCCAUCAGGAGAAGUAUUCAAUCAUGGCUUCCAAAGACCUCACUCCAGAACUCAUCAUUGCCAGAGUGAUCUCCAAAAGAACAGAGGACAUGGAUAUCACCAAUCAUCAACGUAAGAAGUGCAUAGAGGAGUACAAGACUACCUAUGUCCUGAAGGUGUGCGGGUGUGAGGAGUACCUGCUUGAUGAUAACUAUCCAGUGUCACAGUACAAGUAUAUCCGGCAGUGUAUCCUGAAGAGCAAGAUUCCAGAGCUGAUGCUGAUGUCCAAAGACACCGUCCUCAACAGUCUCCCGGACGUCCACCUCCUACUACCGUCCUACAUGAGACGGGCUUCCACCAUGCCUUCCGACCGGACCACCUCCUGCGUCUGGGAGGUAGAGGAGAACCUGAGAGUCAAGAUCAACUUUGCCACCUACGUCAACGUCAAGGAACUAGACAAGAUAUACGUCCGAACAGGCAUCUACCACGGGGAAGAGCCUCUGUGCCCCAUCGUGUCUACGGAGCAGGUCCCGUGGUCAAACCCUCGCUGGAACGAGUGGUUGACCUAUGACAUCAAGGUCAAUGACAUUCCUCGUAGCGCUAGGUGGUGCGUCUCGAUAUGCUCAUCGGAGAAGAGGAAAGGAAAGAAAGAGGGUGGCUUUGCAAUAGCCUGGGGCAACAUCAACCUCUUUGACUUCACCAACCGGCUUCAGAUGGGCAACAUGCGCCUCUACCUCUGGCCCCCGCCCAAGGGCAACGACGACCUCCUCAACCCCUUCGGCCAGACUGGACCAAACCCCAACAAGGACGCCCCGUGCCUGGAACUGGAGUUCUACCGCUACCCUCACAGUCUGCUCUUCCCGUGCUACUCCCAGAUCCAGCAGUUUGCCUUUUUCGUGACCAAAGCGCAGAGGAGGGAAGAGAUAAACGGGGAGAAACCUCCUACGGAAGAGGAGCUCGUGCUACUGGAGGAAAUCUUGAACAGGGACAGACUGCAUGAGAUGUCUGUGCAGGAGAAAGAACUUGUCUGGAAACUCAGACUUGUAUGCAGAGAAUAUCCAUACUCGCUACCAAAGCUGCUUAGCUCUGUCAAAUGGUACAGCAGAGAGGAUGUAUCACAGCUGUACGUUCUCUUGAAGGACUGGCCAGACAUGGACGCCGAGACUGCUCUAGGUCUCCUAGACUGUAGCUAUGCUGAUCUGGGUGUCAGGACAGAAGCAGUCAACUGCCUAGAUCGUAUGUCGGAUGAACAGGUCACACAAUACUUACUUCAACUUGUACAGGUUUUGAAGUACGAGUCCUACCUAGACAACCCUCUUGCCAGGUUUCUUCUCAAACGAUCUCUGUACAACCAAAGGAUUGGACACUUCUUCUUCUGGCAUCUAAGAUCUGAGAUGCACAAGCCGAGCGUGAGCAGACGUUUUGGUCUGAUGCUUGAAGCGUACUGCCGGUCACUCGGUCCAUACCUCAAGCUGCUGGUCAGACAGGUGGAGGCUCUGGACAAACUCUCCAAGCUUACCGAAAUGCUCAAUGAGAAGAAGGACGACACAAACAGGGACCGGUUAAAAUACCUAGCAGAGCACAUGGCACAGCCGGACUUCAUCGAAGCUCUCCAGGAGCUUCCCUUACCCCUGAACCCCUCCUUCUCCUUGGGCAAGCUCAGAGUCGACAAGUGCAAGAUCAUGUCGUCUGCAAAGCGCCCUCUAUGGCUAGAAUGGGAGAACCCGGAUCAGAUGUCAAUGUCCAUGUGUGAAGAUCUCAAGAUUAUCUUCAAGAGGGGUGAUGAUCUGAGACAGGACAUGUUAACCCUUCAGAUGAUUCAGAUCAUGGAUUCAAUAUGGCAGCAGCAUGGACUAGACCUCAAGAUGACACCUUACCGUUGCCUAGCAACAGGGAACAUGACCGGUUUGAUUGAGGUUGUGAGGAACUCUUCUAACAUCUAUGACAUACAGCACAAGGCAGGUAUUAUGAGCACCCUACAGCUCAAGAGUGGUGUCAUACAUCAAUGGAUCAAGGAAAAGUGCAAAGGAUCACAAUACGAUGCUGCAGUCGAUACCUUCACCAAGUCGUGUGCAGGAUACUGUGUAGCUACGUUCAUCUUGGGUAUAGGAGACAGACAUAGUAGUAACAUCAUGGUCUCACAGCAGGGACAGAUCUUCCACAUAGACUUUGGCCAUUUCCUUGGUCACGUCAAGAAGAAGUACGGCAUCAAGCGAGAGAGGGUGCCCUUCGUUCUUACAGAAGACUUCCUCAAGGUCAUCACCAAGGGCAACGACGUAUCCAAGAGUUUAGAGUUCAAGAAAUUCCAGGAGCUGUGUUGCCAGGCCUACCUGAUCCUGCGAGACCACUCCAACCUUUUCAUCAGCCUCUUCACCCUCAUGCUAGGCACGGAGAUCCCCGAACUCCAAUCCAUCGACGAUGUCGGCUACCUCCACAAGACGCUCGCCGUCGGUAAGACCGAGACCGAGGCCCUCGAGUAUUUCCUUAAGCAACUGAACGACGCUCACGGCGGCGGUUGGACUACCAAAAUGGACUGGCUAUGCCAUGCGCUCAAACAUGGAAUAUGAAUAGCAUAUUCCAAUCCAUCGACAAAGUUGGCUACCUUGCCGUCGGUAAAAACUGAGACCAAGGCCCUUGAUUAUUCCUCAAGCAGCUAAAGGACGGUUAGAUUUCUAAUUUGCAUCCUGUGGUCGGGGAAGACGAAGCGCCCCACUGGUAGUUGGUCUGCUUGGCUUUUAGGCUCAUGAGCUCAGUGAAAGUAGGAUGGUAAAAGUUGACUAACUAUGCGGUGCGCUCAAAUAUGGAAUAUGAAGAGAAGUGAUAAGGUGAAAUUUCCGAUGCGCAGCGAUUGGUUGGAGAACAAUAAGCAUAGUGGCAGUUGGUCUAUGUGGCUCGAGCGCAUGGUGGCGGUUGACCGACAAAAAGGGACUGGUUUUGCCAUGCACUCAAAUAAGGAUGGAGAUAUGCGAUUCGCAUCAGGUGGUUGGAAUACAAGAAUGAACUAUGUUGGUCGUGCGCUCAAACACAAAGUACGUCUUUGACAGAGAAAUUCACUUGGUGUUGAGUGGUUGGAAUACAGUAUGCACACAAUGGCAGCUGGUCUACCAAGGUGUACAGAAUCCACCAUGCCUAAACCCAUGCAACGUGAAGAACAGUGGUUGAAAAUUAUAUCUGCUGUACAUUGAGUGGUUUGAAUACAACUACAAGAGAUCCUCCUGCCAUGUUAUUAAAAAAAUUGGAGGUUGUUCUGAAUUUUGGGUUGUUAUUUCCCCCAACCAUCUCUAUAACGUGUCCAGUUUGUAUGAGCAAAUUCCAGUGAUAAUCCGGGUAUAUGCUAUCAUUUCAACUGUAGUGUAUUGAGUGACAUGGCUUUCCUGUUUCUAAUUCACAUUCUGUAUUCAUGCCAUGUGGACUGAAAUAGCGAGAGUAUUCCAGUAGGAGUAUUCGGAUGUGGUAUUCACAAAAGCUCAUUUUAGGGCUCAAAAAUGUAUAUCUUUCCAGCUGAUUUUCUCCCAUUUCUCUCUCUCUCUCUGUGGCUCAUAUUCAUAUUGGUGGACUGGUUUAAGCAAUUAAUUGUCUACAAAUUAUUGUAAUUCUUUUAACAACGAUAGAAAGCCAGACAUGGAAAUAAAUUGAGAAUAUUCAUGUCGACAUGAUUUUUGUUGGUUAAUUUAGUUACAGAAUAAUGAUAACUCAUGAGGGAUAGAGAGGUUUAUUCUUUGUACUCCAUAUCUUAACGAAGUACUAGUUGUACCCACUUAAACCUGGACUAUUUAUUAAUACUGCCCCCUCAUCUUCUCAUCCCCUUCCCUCUCUAUUUCACUUGUGAAAAAAUGCUCAUGUUCAACUUUCAUAUCUAUGCGUCAUUGUAUACUGUUUGUCAUUUCUUUUCAUUUGCAGUUCCACUGACAAUAAUAUGUGCAGAGUAUUCAUCUGAAAAUACAUGAAGAUGUCCUCAAAGUCCUGAUAAACAUUGUACAAGGCCUCAAACAAACAAAAAACAAAAA